GAAUCCUUUCUUUCUUUAAAGCGUUACUUUUAGAUUUACACAUAAUUGAAUAUUCCCAGUCUAUAUACACAGGCCAGCAACAGGUCACAUGUAAAUGUGUCCAAGGCGAUCCUUACCUUUGUAAUUUGUUGGAUUUCCAAACGUACUCAUUAAAAAUCAGGUCUUUAAAACACACUUUUUUCAAUUUGCCCCACUUCAGGCAUCUCAGACUGAAUUGUUUCAGUCUGAGAUGAACAAUUCAGACUGUUCAAUCAUGUUUGCCAUAGGAAAACAUCUUAAUAGUGUUUUCCUAUGGCAAACAUGAUGUUUUAACCCAAACAAUCCAGUUAAUAGUGUUUAACACAUCUUAAUAGUGUUUUCCUAUGGCAGGAGAGUGUUCCCUGAGCUUUUGCACCAUCGGCACAACCUAUUUUUGUGCAGCAUUGCAGUAAGCUAAUUUGGCCAACCAAAUACUGGGUUACAAGGCACAGAAGGUCAGGUUGCUGUUAAAUGCUUUUGAGAUUAACAAAUUAAACUUUAGGAUGUUGCUGUGUGUCUUUUACCUUUUAAUUAAUUAAGUUUUUCACAUAUUAAACUUGUGAUAGUUUAAAUCAAUACCCCAUCCACAAUUAAGUAGAAUAUCCCAAAUUCAAAUGGCCAGGAAUAAAAUCUUCCAGAGACAGCUUCUCUUUGCUAUUUAUAACCUCCUUCAUACUCUAGAUUUGAUUGUUUUGCUUCUUUCAUUACAACCACUGGUUCACUUAACAACCUUCUAAAUAACCAAAGGGUCAACAUAGCAUGAAUGCAAUUCAAGAACUAUAGUGUGGGCAAAUAUUCCAGCACCAUAUAUAUAUAUAUUUAUUUCUGUGGUGCUCCACUUAAUAAUAUUUGCAGUUAUCAGUUGGUACAAUCAUUUAAACAUAAAGAGAAGGGUUUUUACUUUAGAGAGGUGUUUAUUUGAGAAAGGGCAGCGCUCCGUGUAGCAUUACACUUGACAUGUAUUUGAGAUCUGAAGUAUUAACAGUUAUUUCUGAGGUUAAGAUGAGGUAGCUUGAUGUGGGAGGGGCAUUAGAGCCUGCUUUACAAUCAAAGUGCUGGGGGAAAGAAUGGCCACCAGACAUGCUCGUUCUGAAGAUGACCUUUCCUGUCCAAUUUGUGGACAUAUCCUGUGUAAGCCAGUGGUCCUCACCUGCAGACACAGAUUUUGUAAGGCCUGUCUGCAAGACAGCUGGGACACACAAGACCGUAAGGACUCCCACUGCUGCCCUCUGUGCUGGCGUCGCUCUUCAAUGGAUCAAAUUGUGGUAAACACUGUGCUAGAGAGGGCCUGUGUGUCCUUCAAAGACGACAGAAGCAGGAAUGACCCAAAAACUUGUAAAGAGCACGGGGAAAACCUCACACUCUUCUGCUUGGAGGAUCUGGAACCAAUCUGUGGUCUUUGUGGCAAAGCAGCUGCACACAAGGGGCACAGACUCUAUGCCAUUGCAGAAGGCGCUCAUGACUGUAAGGAGGAGCUGAAGAGCGCUCUUCUGCCCUUGAAAGAGAAGCUACAGCUCUACAAGAAUGCGACAGUAGCGUGUGAGGAAAUGGCUGAACACGUGAAGAACCAAGCUAAACACACUGAAGCACAGAUCAAAGAGGAAUUUGAGGCUCUUCACAAGUUUCUUAAAGAGCAGGAGACCGCUAGACUUUUGGAUUUAAAGGCUGAGGAGGAUCAGAAGAAUCUCAUGAUAAGUGAAAAGAUUGAGGAGAUGAGCAAUGAAGUAGCAUCGCUCUCUAACAUUAUCAAAGCAGCGGAACAGGAAAUGAAUAGUCAAGAUAUCCCAUUUCUGAAGAAUUACAAGGAGACAAUCAAAAGAACCUGGAAAAAGUCUCCUGGUCCACACAUGUUGUCUGGAGCCCUAAUUGAUGUGGCCAAGCACUUGGGCUCUCUAAAAUAUAAAGUGUGGGAGAAGAUGAAAAAAAUUGUCAAAUAUACUCCAGUGAUUCUGGAUCCCAAUACCGCAGCAAGCUGUUUCAUCCUCUCUGAGGAUCUCACAGUUGUGCAGAACUCUACCCAGAUCUUCAAGCUUCCAGACAACCCAGAGCGCUUCGAUAUCAGCGCAGAGAUGCUUGCUGCUGAGGGCUACUUCACUGGACGCCACAGCUGGGACGUGGAGGUGAACGGCAACACCUACUGGGUGUUAGGGAUAGCCAGUGAGUCGAUCAACAGGAAGGGCAAACACGUGCUGACACCUGCAGAGGGAUUCUGGACUAUAAGAUAUCGGAACGGAGAGCACAAAGCCUGCACCGCGCCCUGGGAGCCACUCAACAUGUCUAAGAAGCCAGACGUGAUAAGAAUGGUUUUGGACAUGGACAGAGGAAAGGUGACAUUUUAUGACCCGAAGGAGAGAACGCCCCUCUACACUUUCACAAAUAUCAUCACACCAAAAGCCUUUCCUUAUUUUUGUACAGCUUGCAAAGAGCAUCCACUGAAAAUUCUGCCGGAAAUGAUAACGUUGUCAACGGAGCACUAACAGAGCUGGAAGAAAUGUAAAAAUUCUCUUUUCUUUUUGCAAAUAUGGUUACAAAAUAAAUUGUAAACAGAUUAAAUUGAAUGAAGCAAA